AUGGCCUGCUCCACAGACACCAUCCCGUGCCUGCUGUCCCCCUGGUCGGAGUGGAGUGACUGCAGUGUGACUUGUGGAAAGGGCCAAAGGACUCGGCAGCGCACGCUUAAGUCUCCUGUUGAGUUGGGCGAUUGCACCGAGGAGCUGGAGCAAGUGGAGAAGUGCAUGCUUCCAGAGUGUCCGAUUGACUGCAUCAUGUCCGAUUGGAGCGAGUGGUCAGAGUGCAACAAAUCCUGCGGAAAAGGCCACACCAUCAGGACUCGCAUGGUGAUCAUGGAGCCACAGUUUGGGGGAAACGCCUGCACUGAAAUCAUCCAGAGAAAGAAGUGUAAGGUCCGCAAGUGCACCCGCGGACAGGCCAACAGCGACGAGAGGAAGAGGCGAAGAGAACAGCGAGAGAAGAGGAGGAGCAAACUAGGGCGCUCUGAAGGGGCAGCUGAACACCCAGGAUGCAGAAUGAGACCCUGGUCAAGUUGGACAGAAUGCACCAAACUUUGUGGGGGAGGUAUCCAAGAGCGACUGAUGACAGUAAAACCGAAGUUCAAGAGUACUCAGCUGUCCAGUUGCAAGGACAGGAAGGAGAUCCGGGCCUGCAAUGUGCACCCGUGUUAG